AUGGGAAAUUUACAAAGACUGCUGCUCUUGGCCAUCUUAUCAGUCGGGACAACUGCUCAGAUCCAUCAUGGAAACAAUGCGGAGCUUGGUGUGACCGACGAGGGUGUUGAUGAGUGUCCUCAUUAUGGCAAAUGGUCACGAGUUGCCCACGAGCCAUUCUCUGGAUCACUGUACAACUUAUCGUACAUGAGACCACCACCGGAAUGCCGAACCUUCAACAGUCCAGUCAUAGAGACCGCCAUUGAAGAGACCACGUCUGCGAUCGCAGACCCAGACAUGAAGCAUCUCUUCAGGAACGCGUAUCCAAACACCCUGGACACUACCGUCAGCUGGCGAGGCAGGGCCGCCAACAACUCAGAAGAAGAACUGGCCUUUAUCAUUACUGGCGACAUCGAUGCCAUGUGGUUACGGGACUCCGCCAACCAGUUGCAGUCUUAUGCACCCUUCCUGGAAGCUUCGGAUGACAAUGCCUCUCUCGCCUCGUUGUAUCGAGGGGCUAUCAAUCUUCAAGCACGCUACAUCACCACGUCGCCCUACUGCAAUGCUUUCCAGCCACCGGAGGAGUCUGGGAUGAAGAAAGCCCACAAUGGAGCGUACGGCGGCUACAAAGUGGAGCCUGAGUAUAGCUGGGAUGUCGUUUUUGAAUGCAAGUAUGAGCUUGACUCGUUGGCAUCUUUCUUGCAGCUGUCUCAUACAUACUAUGAGAAGACUGGAGAUUAUGACUUCUUCAGGAAGUUCAACUGGGUCAGAGCAAUUGAGACGAUUAUCACUGUGACCAGCAACAUGAGCAACGAGGCGACUUACAACCUAGAUGGGACCUCUCCUGCGGCGUCUUACAGGUUCUCGCCCUUCAUCAACAGCGGCUAUGGAAGCCCUGUCGCAGCAAAUACUGGUCUGGUGCGAUCCUUCUUCCGCCCUUCCGACGAUCCAACAAUGUACCAGCUUUUCAUCCCCGCGAACAUGAUGUUCAGCCACUACCUCGCCCUCACCGCCGAGAUCAUGUACAAAGGCGGCAAUCACCCACUCUCCCACAGGAUGAAACUAAUGUCCAAGAACAUCCGCGCAGCGAUUCAGAAACAUGGCAUCGUGCACACCGAAAAGCACGGCGAUGUCUACGCCUUCGAAGUCGACGGCUUCGGCGGCGUCAACUUGAUGGACGACUCCAAUUCCCCAAGCCUCCUCUCCUCAGCCUUCUUCGGCUACCUGGACGAAAACGAUCCCAUCUACCAAAACACCCGCACUCGUCUGCUGAGCACCGAUAACCCCUACUGGGCGCACGGUCCCGUCAUAUCUGCCGUGGGUGGUCCACACAAUGGCCCUGCGAUGGCAUGGCCAAUGGCGUCGAUCAUGCGGAUCUUCACAACCGACAACGACACGGAAAUCACCGCGCAGCUACGGCAGCUUGUCAGUUCGACGGAUGGGUUGGGAUUGAUCCAUGAGGCUGUCAGAAGUCACAAUGCGAGUGAUUGGACGAGGUCGUGGUUUGCUUGGGCUAAUGGAUUGUUUGGGGAGUGUAUUGUGGAUUUGAAGGCGAGGAAGCCGCAUCUUUUGCAGCAGAGUUUUCAGGAGAAUUCCACUUCGAGUAACGACGACGUUGGAUUUGUGAAGGCUGCCACUGUUUCGCAAAACCAUGCGCACGAAUCGGCGCAUAAGAAGCCGUCGCAUGACCAUCAGAGUACAGCUGUGCCCGAGCACGAGGUUGAUAUGCCACUGGUACACAUGGCCGAUCCCGACACCGCUCUGGAUAUGCACUGGUUCUGGCCGUUUACAGGCUUUCUCGCCAUCAUCUCGGUGGUGAUAUUGGUCUUCUGGCGCAGGUCUUUCCAAUCGAGAAGUGCGUAUGAACGUUACACCACGUUGUGA